GAAUAUAAAAAAAUAACUAAGUGAAUUAGUGUGCAUUCAUAAAUAAACAGUGCAAAUUCAACUUGAAUUUUAAGAAGAAUAAAAAAAGAAUAAAUAAAUAAACCAUCGUUGGAUAUUUUAAAUAGAAUUCUUUUUUUUUUAAAUUUAAAAUUGAAAGUUCGUUCACGUUAAAUUCUUAUGUAAAAAAAUUCACAUAAUUCACGUUCGAUUCUUCAAGAUCAUUUUUUAUCCCCAUUGGUGGACCUCGAUCGAGGUCGAAAUUCUCCAACAUGUUUCCCCAACGAAGGAUAAUGAUCUGUGCGGUGAUUUUUGGAUUGUUCUCCGGCGAACUGGUGUCCUGUGAUAAGGAACAAAGCAGAAACGCCGCAUUGAACGAGCCCGACUUCGAAACUCCUGAAUACAUAUUACCCUGCAGUAGGUCAGAUCCCAAGAUAGACGUGUGCUUUCAAAAUACGUUGAAUCAUCUGCAGCCAUAUUUGCUGAAGGGUAUUCCUGAAUUGGACUUGCCCCCGAUCGAACCACUGAUCAUCCCCGAACUGGGAAUGGAGAACGGCCAAGGGGCUGUUCGUGUCAGGGCAUUGUUCUCAAAUAUCACGGUUAUAGGAGCUGGAAAUUACUCGUUAACGAAGUCACGAGUCGAUGUGAAAACUUACAGGCUUGACGUUCAUUUAGCAUUCCCGAAGAUCGAACUUCAAGGCCGUUACGAGGUCGUGGGAAACGUGUUGCUCUUCCCCAUUCAGAGCCAUGGCGAAUUUUGGGCCCUCUUCGGUGAUGUCCAGGCGGUCGCCCGUAUCCAGGGCGCGGAGGAGAUCCGCGAUGGGGUUCGUUAUUUGAAAGUGGCGCGGAUGCUGGUCGAUUUCGGUCUUGGCCGCGCCCGUUUCCGGGUGGUCGAUCAAUUGAACGGCGACAACGUGAUCGGCCAAGCGAUGAACCAGUUCCUCAACCAGAACGCGAAGGAGAUCAUCGAGGAGAUGAGACCGGCAGCGAGCGCCAGUAUCGCGAAACACUUUAAGAAUUUCCUUGGCAAGGCUUUGAACAAGGUCCCGUUGAAAGUUUGGCUUCGUGACACGUAGCUCGUUCUCUAAUUCUUUUGAGAAUCACUCUCCUUUCUUUUUCUUUUUUUUUUUUUAUUUCAUUUUUCUGAAACGAUUUUACACGUGGAAUUGGAACGUGAAUCGAUGAGAAAGGUGAGAAUGGAGAAGGAUUCAUGGAUAUUGAUGGACAGAUUAUUUUGACGAUUUAAAAUUGUGCAUUGAUGUGGAUUGAAGAAGAAGAAUGAUAUUAAUUCGGGGAAAUUUAUCGUUUUUUUUUUAAGGAUUAUUAUACGAGAUGGUGUUUGAGUGAAGUUGUUUUUGGUUGUUUGAACUUUGGUUGAAAGUUUUUCUUUUCUUUUCUUUUCUUUUGUUUUUUUU